UAGAAGGCAUGGCUCAGAGCGGUGUACCGACUGCUUUAGUCUGUUUGGCUCUAGUUGUCGUUCAAAUUGGAUUUGGAGGUUACGGUGUCGUUGUAAAGAAAUUUGCAGCUAACAAGAAAGCGAAUCCUUUGAUUUUUUGUCUCAUUCGAGAUGCAGUCUGCUGGCCAGUUCUGCUACUAUGUGCAGUCGCAGCGGAGCGCAGAUUGAAUGUGCCUCGUCUGAGAGAGUUACCGCUUUUCUUUAUUCUGGGAUUGUUUGGUAUGUUUGGCAACCAAUUUUUCUAUAUCAUGGGUGUUUAUUAUGCUGGUGCUGACAUCUCAUCUGUUUUUCAACCUGCCAUUCCUGUUUGGACUGCAUUGUUUGCAAUCGUUACUGGUAUUGAAAAGCCUCCUACCCUCAGAAAAUUACAUGGAUGGGCCAAAGUUGUGGGAAUUUUAGUGGCAGUUGGUGGUGCCGUCACUAUGCUAACUGAAAGAUUGACACGCGGGUCUUCAGUCACCUAUAGUGACAAAAUUAUUUUCGGCAUUGUCUUCCUGUUUGCCAAUACCAUCUGCAUGGCAAUUUUCAUUCUUAUACAAAAGCGUUACAUUUUUGAACGUUCUGAGAGAUGGGCUAAGUAUCCCGUUUCGGUGACUGCGUGGUGUUACUGUUUUGGGGCACUUUGUAUGGGGCUGGCAUCAUUUUAUUAUGUCAUUAAAUGUCCUCAUUCUGGGGCAUGUCAGGAUGAUCCAUGGUUUAUUCCUCAGGAGGAGGCCAUUCCUUUGGUUUAUGCUAUAUUUGUGGCAUCUGCUCUUUGCUACAUGUUGAUCACUUGGGGAAAUAUGCUUGUGCCAGCUUCACUCGUAACAGCUUUCUGGCCUUUGCAGGUUCCUGUUGCUGUUGUGUUGUCUUACUUUAUACUGGGUGAACGCAUGGAGACACUUGACUAUGUUGGUGCUGUUCUUAUUAUUAUCGGUUUGCUACUGGUUGUGUAUUCAAACUGGUAUGCUGAGAAGUUACGGAAGGAAACUGACAUGGCCGUUGUGUUUGGCCGAUCAGUUGAAGAAAGACAAGCAUUGAUCAACAGCCAUGACGACAUCUUUGAUGCUCCAUUGAAAGCAAAGUCAUUCACAAGGGAAAAAAAUAUUCAACAAUGAAUUUGCUACAUUUUAAGAUAAGUAAACCAAAGCGUUGUCAUUGUUAGGUUUGCUACAUUGUAAUUUCUUAUUUGUUGAGAUUGUUAUCGUUACUGGUGAUAUUAUUUGUUACUAUGUAUCUCACAUUUCUACCAGUUUGGAU